AUGAAACGAUUCAAAAAGAAGAAGCAUUUCGAAUGGUUUCUUUCCGAACUGGAUACAUUCGAUGAACCAAAACUGAAUUUGGAACAAUACGCGACCAGCCCUGAGCUUGCAGUUGCGAUAUUGGACACAAUAAACGAUAACGGUCACAUUGAGGGAUGUUGUGUGGCUGAUAUUGGAUGCGGAUGCGGCAUUUUGGGAUUGGGAGCAUUGAAAGUUGGUGCGAGGUGA